AUUUUCACAUGAUUUGUAAUAUUAUAAACGAUCAAUGAUGUUCAGAUGCGCCUGUACCCCACAUCUAACUCUACAACUGAGUGUCGAUGCCCUACAAAAUCUCAAUAUAAAGAAUAUCUACAAUUAAAACAUUUUUGUCGACAUUCACCAAAGAAACAUUAGCAUAACGAAUAAUGCACGGUGUCCAAAAAAAAUUAUAUAUAUAUAUAUCUCAUCCGAGAGUUCUUCCAACUGAUAUUCUACAACUUAUUACGACUAAACCUGCAAUCUCUACAAAUUUCAUAGUUUUUCCCGUUCUGUCAAUAUUGAACCACACACGCCCGAGUGGAGAAAGACACCAUGUGGGACAACCUCUCCUACCCAACCGCAACCGGAUACAGCCAAAAUACACGGAAGUAAAACAAACACAAAAUAUAUACAUUUAUAUUUAUUUAGACGAUUGGUUUUAGAGGGCCAUAAUUGACCAGAGAGUGAGGGACAUUUAGCUAUUUUAUUAGUACAUUAAAAAAAAAAAUUUCUACAAUAAUUUCGCUGUCACUAAUCUCUUUAUUUCGAAAAAUCAAUUUUGAGGUGCAGUUUCAAAUAUUUGUGUCAAGUAAACAACAAAUACGUCAAUCCCACACUAUCAUUGUGCAAAUUGUAAAGAAAUGGAGACAUUAGAAAUUCAUUCCAAGGACUUCUUGGUAAAGUGGAUACAUGCUCCGGAUAACUCUGUCAUUGAUUGGCAAGCCAAACCGUUAAAGAAGUCUAUCAACUUUGCUAUUUACAAGAAAAAUGAAGAUCUGUCCAAGACAGUAACAAAGAAUGCAGGCACAUUAACUGACAAUGAAGUUUCUGGAUCUACUUCAAUUGUGCCGCCAACCGCAAAUGGAAGUAGUUCAGCUCCGUUGUUACCCCCUCCUGCAAUUGGAAGCAGCAGACUUGGUCGUUCUGGAUCACUUUCGGGUCCAAAUUCCAGUUCAAGUUCAAAUGGUGGUAAUCCAAGAGAAAAUAGAUUAAGAUCGGGCUCUAUGGUAUCUGUUAACCAAUUCACCGAAUCUGUUUCUAGUAUGUACAAAACCCUUUCACGCUCGAACUCUGUAUUGUCCUCAAACUUGAUCAGUUCAGAUUUGACCCUUGUUAAAGAUUAUAAAAAACUUGUAUCGGGAGAAUUAGUUCAUGGGAAAUUUGAAGUGAAACAAGGUGGAAUUUAUGCUUUUAUUUUUGAUAAUUCAUUUUCUAAAACUAUCGGUAAGAAAGUAUUAUUCAGCACCAAAAUUUUAUCGGACUCUAGUCCUCGCAGUUUACCUGUGGCUGAACAAAAGACUAUGGUGUCUAAGCCUAUCCCCAAUGCCAAUGGAUCCCGUUCGAGCUCUAACAAGGACUUGGAAGUUCUCAGACCUAAGAAUGGUGAGUUAUUACAGGGGGUUCUUUCCAAGAGAAGAAGGAAGAAGAUGCAAGGAUUCACCAAGAGAUUUUUCGUUCUUAGUUUCAAGUAUGGUACAUUAUCAUACUUUAAGCUUAAUGAUAACAAGUUAAGAGGACAAAUGCCUAUCAAACAUUCAAUUGUCAGUGUUAAUUCUAAAAGUAGAGAGAUUAUCAUUGAUUCAGGGAUGGAAGCUUGGGAUUUGAAAACUCCAAGCGAGAAGGCAUUCAAUACCUGGGUUGACGCAUUUAACCAGAUUAAGAAAGAAUAUUACAAGGUGGGUAAUACUGAAGAAAUUGGAACAGUGGUCACUGCUGACUCUGCUACAAUUGAAGAUGGAUCAGCUCCUAAAUUUGUGAUAAAUGAGUUGGCAAAUAUCUCGGAUAAGCUUUCUGUUUUGAAGCAGGAUAAAAAUAGCACUCACUUAAUCGAUGAAAUCAGUAAUGAUGUUGAUCGUCUUCUUGGUCGCUUACAGUUGCAAAAAAGUGGAGGAGAUAUGAUAUCACCUUUUGAAGAUCAUUCAAUCUAUUCAUCUAGUGACUUUUAUGACGCAAAGGAAUACUUAGAUGCCAUAAAUUCAGGAGUCGUCUUUUUAAAUGGAAACGCGCAACAAAAUGCUGUCGGAAAUUCGACAACACCUGAGAAGUUGGGGAGUGAUAUCGAUGACGAGGAAGAAGAUGAUGAAGAAGCUGACGACUUGUCUUCAGCUUCAUCAAUUUCAUCUGCAUCUGAAGUGACUUCUGAUAUGGCUUCUGCCAUGGUAAACGGACCUGAUCUUAAUUUGGAUGAUAAUCAUGAUGACAACUUGUUCCCAUUACCACAUGAGCCAAUCCAAAGAGAUUACGAAAUUCCUGAAUGUGACCACCAGCCUCCGGGAAUUUUGGCAUUCUUACGUAAAAAUGUUGGAAAAGACCUUUCUCAAGUUCCAAUGCCAGUUACAAUGAAUGAGCCAAUCAGUACUUUACAGAAAUAUAGUGAGAUGUUUGAAUAUUGUGAAAUUAUCGAGAAUGCGUUACAAGCUAAUUGUGACGUUGACACUGGUGAGAGAAUCUUAAGAAUAGCAGCAUUUGCUGUCAGUUCAUUGUCGUCAAUGAGAGCAAAGGAGAGAAAUAUCAGAAAACCAUUCACGCCAUUACUUGGGGAAACAUAUGAACUUGUUAGAGAAGAUUUCGGUAUAAGGAUUAUUUCGGAGAAAGUGAGUCACAGACCGGCGUGUUAUGCCAUGUUUGUGGAAUCUAAGGAUUGGAGUUUAACUUUCAGUCCUAUGCCAGAACAGAAGUUUUGGGGUAAAAAUGCUGAAAUUAUUACUAGAGGUUCUGCCAAGUUGACAAUUAAAUCAACUGGUGAAGUUUUCCUGUGGACUCAACCCAAUACUUUAUUAAAGAAUAUAAUUGCAGGAGAAAAAUACGGUGAGCCUACGGGUACAUUGACAAUAAAAUCUACUUUGGGAUAUCGUGCUGUGGUUGAAUUCGCCAAGGGUGGUAUGUUUAGUGGACGACUGGAAGAUCUUACUAUUAAAGCCUAUGGUCCACAUAAGAGUCAAUUACCUUACACAGUUUCCGGGAAAUGGACAGAAGCAUUAACAUUGAAAACAAAUACCACUGAGAGAUUGAUCUGGACAGUUGGUGAAUUGAUCCCUAAUUCGAUCAAAAAGUUUGGUUUUACAAAAUUUGCUGGUACUUUGAAUAAAUUUACUGAGAUUGAAGAAGGGUUUUUGCCCCCCACAGACUCUAGAUUCAGACCAGAUCUUCGUACUUAUGAGAAAGGUAACACGGACGAAGCAGAAGACUUGAAAUCUAAGCUCGAGGAAGACCAAAGACAAAGAAGAAAGGAGAACGAAGCAACUAAGACUGAACAUGAACCUAAAUUCUUUGUUCCUGACCUGGAAACUGGAGAAUGGGCUUACCGAAGAGGAGAAAAAAGUUACUGGAAUAGAAGGAAAACUCAAGAUUGGAAUGAUUUACUCAAAUUAUGGUAA